GCUCGCAGAUUGACUCCCAAGGCGAGACAAUGACGUCACAACCGAGUGACAAGGCGCCGGGCACUUUUGAGGAGCGCGUUCUCGGUUGUCUGCCCGGAAAUGCCAGCAUCUUUCCUGAGAUUCCUGCAAUUGAAGUGGCCUACGAAGCUUUUAAGCUGCACCAAGGAGACAACGACACCCAAUUGUCAGAGGAAUUGACUGAGAAGAAGGUAUUCUUCAUUACUGCCUGCCUGUCGAGUUGCUCCAAGACACCCGCUGACAACCUCUACGGCGGAGAUUGCAACAAGGCGAUGAUGAACUUCGCACCAUUUGCCCAAGCCUUCAGCUGUCCAGCGGGCUCCAAGAUGAAUCCGGCUGAAAAAUGCUCAUUUUACGACUGAACGUGCGAGACGUUUAGUCAAGACAUAAAUCUAGUGGCGUGCUCAA